UAAGCGCGUUCGGUUGCCAAGGGCGACUACUAACAGCGUAAAGGACAAAAACUGCUUCCCUAUCGUUUCAGGGCGUUUCGGGAGACUUCGCUGUCAAGCGGGACAGAAAAAAAAAUGGCUAGCUCUAAUGUUGAUCAGUUUAGUGACCCUGAGUUUGAGAAAAUAUUAUAUGAAAUUGGCUGGGAUUAUAGCUACACUCUUCCUGAACUGAGCGACGUCAACAGAGCGCUGCUGGAGGAGAUUUAUAAAGCUGAGAUGGCCGUUAUGCGAGAGGAUAAUAAAAUUAAGGAAAUUAGAGAUCGACAACAGCUUGUUAAUGAAGAACUCCAGAGAGAUACGCUACAGCUGGUUAACACUGAGGCUCUGUUGAAGGCAAACGAAAAAGAGCUGGAGGUGAUGAAGCAUCUGAAAGCGCUGACAGUGAGAGAGCUGGAGCGCUACGGUCAGAUGACAGCUCGGGCCGAAAGAGAGAUCAAGUCUUCAUACGACAAGAUGGACAGGAUAGAGAAAAGCCAGCUAAAGGCAACGCAGACUCUGGAGGAGCUGCGGCUUCAGAUGGACCUGGACGAACAGACCAUGGAGAACCUCUUAUUGGAGGCGGCUCAAAAGGACGAGGACUUAAUGGUCAUCACGAAAUACGCCCAAAUGGACGAGCAUAAGAUCAAGUCGCUCAUUCUGACUAUAGAGAAGAGGACUCUGGAGGUCAAAGAAAAGCGCAAAGCACUUGACAAAGAGCUAACAGAAACUAGGUCUACCCAGCUAGCGUUGGAUAGGACCAUAGAGAGCAUUCAGAAAGCUCGCGCUGAGAUUCAGCACCUCUUCCACCUGUGUGAAAACACCAUCAAACAGAAAAAGCAACUCGACUCAGACAUGGAGAGAUGCUCAAUUCAAAUUGCUCAGGGCAGGCAGAAAACCAGGGAAAAGAACAUCUGUGUCGCAGAAAUGAAGCACAAGCUGGAUACGGAAAGGAGCAACAUCAGAGAGCUGCAGAGGAACAUCGCCUCGGCGAGGAUGCAGAAGGCCAUCCUACGCCAGGAGCUGAAGAAACACCAGGAAAACCUGGGCAGGAUGCAGGUUGAGCUUGAUAGUUACAAGAGCACGCUGCAUCAAAACAGGUGCGAUAUGAAGUCUAUUACAUCCCAAAUCUCCAAGAUGAAGAUGGACAUCGACAUCAACAACGAAAGGUUAGUAGAGGCCCAGGCCUACCACGCUGCACUGCAGGAGAAGCUGAGGAUUGUGACAGAGGGCGCUCUGAAUGAGGAGGAGAGAGCCGCGCACAUGGAGCAGAUCCUGAUGGAGACAGAACAGUACAUGAAGAUGCUGGCAGCUCAGCAGCACGAGCUCAUGGAUGAGCUGUUCCGCCAGAGACAAAAUUUCCAAAGUGCCAAAGCGAAGGAGAAGAAUCUAAUAGCCCUGGUGUCCAAGAAUAAGUUCACCAUAUCUAACUUGGUGACCCAGGUCACUAAGAUGGAGAACACACUCAUCAGACACCAGAUGAUGAACAACAAUCAGGAGGCAAAGAUACUGAUGCUUCACAGGAAAGUAGCUCAGCUGUCAGGAGCCAUUCGCACAGAUGAAACCGAGAUGCUGGAGGUGAAGGUUAAAGAGCUGACUUCCAAUCUGGAAGACAAGCAGGAGACGACCAAAAUCCUCAAGAAUGCACUCAAAGAAUGUGAGCUCGAUAUCCGCUGUGCGAGGAAAGAGAUGGAGAAGCUAGAGGCUCAGAAGAGAGACCUGACUGAAGAGGUUGACUGCCUGUUGGUGCUUUGCGUCAACAAAGAAAAGGAGUUGAAGAAGCUCAAACUGAAGAGGCAGGACGGCUUAGUGAACAACAACCUUUUGAAGACAGAGGUGAAGCGCAUCAGGGAUAUCAUCUAUAUAGACGCGGACAACAUGAUGUCAUGGGAGGCGAGAAAGUUAGAGCUGGAGAAAGCCAUGAAAGAGCGGGAGGAAGAUAUUCACGUUUACUCCGAAAUGCUCAAACAUCAGCUCAAGAUUACCGAGCAGGACAGGCAGAAACUGAGCGUUGAAUUAAAUGAAGAAUUAUCUAAAGUGGAAGCGGUGAAGAACCGCUUUGAGAUCAUGGAAAGUUCACUGGCGGGCUCUGACGACGAGAAGUCCCAGAUUUACUACAUCACUAAGGCCUCGCUAGACAAAGAGGAACUCAGACGAAAGUCAGAAGAAAUGAAGUUGUACAUCCACAAGAUGGAGCUUGAAACCAGGGCUCUGGAGAACACCAUCCAGUUGUUUUCUGGUCGCUGCUCUGAUUACAGCAGCGGCCUCAGCAAAAUGAAGAAAUUCAGUGAAGAGUACCAGGAAAAGGUGCAGCUGGAGGAACAGCUGAAGGCCACCGAGAGAACAGUGAAGUUUAAGAAGCAGCAAAUUCAAGAGCUCCACCGGGAAAUUCAGGAAAUGAACAGCACCUGGGAGAGCCUCAUUCUAGAAGAGAAGGUGGAGAAGGAAAAGAUACAUCACCUACAGCUUCUUAUUUCUAAUGUGAACAAAGAAGCAGCUUCUUUGCAAGGGAGAGUUGUCAGAGUCUUGAAUCAGUUCACCAAACUGACCAGAGAAGUUCGCUCAGCACAAAGCACUCAAAGUGAAACUGUUGAGGAGCAAGACAUCAAACUGAAAGAGUUAAAGCACUUCAACAAAUCUAUCAACAAUCUGUUGAAUAAGGCCAUGAUGGAGAAUCCUGAUCUCAGACCUGUUCUGGAGGAAUGCUUUCAGAAGGCCAAUAUUCAGUGUCCACCUCUAACCACCAGCAGCCAGGGGAGCUUCAAGAUAAGCUCUGCUCAAAGCUCCCUGUCUUCCAGGUCUUCUGCGUCAUCAUCUAGCAGCAGCCAUUCAGCGUCUGUCUCGCCUUGGGUAAAAACGGUGACCCUGGACCUGGAUCUGAGUGGUGCCUAUCCUGUCUCUUCUCCUAAAAGUCCCAGCUCUCCAAGCAGCAGUGACAGCAACUCCAGCAAAAAGACGAAGAAGCCGUAGCUGGAUGUGUUUCUGACCUCCCACUAAGAUAAAGCUCAUUUUUUUUAAUUUUGUAAAAUCAAAAAUGUUGAUUUUACAUGGAUUUUUCAUUCCUUACAGAUGUGAAGUUUUGUGCAUUGUUCAUAAAUAUGUAAUAUGUUUUGCCCAGUUUAGGUUGCUGUAGUUUUCUGAGUUAUUAUCUUUUGAACGCAAAGACACACCAAUAAAAGUAAAAAGAUCAA